GUUCAAAAAUAUCUUCAUCCGCCCCCCACCCGCCCCCCCGCUCUCUCUCUCUCGUGAACAUAGAUAAUUGUGAAUUCUAGGAAAUUGAUAUAGAGUUCAAAAAUAUCUUCAUCCCUCUCUCUCUCUCUCUCUCUCUCUCUCUAAACACACGCUAUGUAAACACCUCGGAACGAUCGGAGAUGGAGGAGAAUCCGAAUUACUUCAACCUCACGGGGUUCCUCAACAGACCGGCGGUCGUUGAGAUAUUCGUCGACUUAUUGCUAUGCGCGGUCCCGAUUUGGCUCGCGAUCAUGAUAGGGCUAGUGAUCGGCUGGUCCUGGCGCCCCAGGUGGACCGGCCUCCUCUACCUGGGCCUCCGGUCCAAGCUCCAGUUCGCCUGGACCGCGGUUCCCCCGGGGUUCGGCGCUCGCAGGCUCUGUCUCGCCUUCUCGGCUCUCUCGGCCUUCUCGGUCGGCCGGACAGUGUGGGUGCGGUUCAGGGGGAGUGGGAAGGACUUGAUAGGGGCUCGGUCUCCGGUGGAGAGUAUCGGCGGCGAGCCCAGCACUAGUGAGAUAGAUGUUGUCACAGAGAAUGAUUUGGAACACCUACUGCAUCUUAUUGAAAGCAAGGAUGGGGUGACCGGUUGGCAAAGUAUGAUGGAACGCUCCACCUCAAACCUGACAUACCAAGCAUGGCGCCAUGAUCCUGAGACUGGGCCUGUAGUUUACUGUAGCCGAACUGUCUUUGAGGAUUCAACUCCAGAGCUGGUCAGAGACUUCUUCUGGGACGAUGAGUUUCGCCCCAAAUGGGAUCCUAUGCUUGCAUACUUUAGAAUAUUGGAGGAACAUCCUCAUACAGGGACAACGAUUGUCCACUGGAUAAAGAAGUUCCCUUUUUUCUGCAGUGAUCGCGAAUAUAUCAUUGGUCGCAGAAUAUGGGAAGAUGGAAAGACAUAUUAUUGUGUUACAAAGGGUGUACCAUAUCCAGCUUUGCAGAGACAUGACAAGCCUAGACGUGUGGAUCUAUAUUUUUCAAGCUGGAUUAUCAAACCUGUGCAAUCUCGUAGAGGAGAUGGACAACUAUCUGCAUGCGAGGUGACUCUAGUACACUACGAAGACAUGGGAAUUCCCAAAGACGUGGCAAAGUUGGGAGUCCGUCACGGGAUGUGGGGAACAGUGAAGAAGUUGCACUCAGGCUUUCGAUCGUAUCAACAAGCGAGGAAAUCGGAGGCCCCACUGUCCCGAAGCGUGUUAAUGGCAAGAAUUACCACGAAGAUUUCAGCUGAAGAAGAUACCGUUCCUUUGGACAUAGCAUCUGGUGAAGAAGAGAGAGAUGAACUCGUGGAUAUAGAGACAACCCAACAACGCGGUGGCAUUGAUUGGAAAUGGGUAGUUAUAGGUGGUACUGUGGUUCUGGUUUGUGGACUUCGGACAGGUGUUAUAAGAAAAGCCUUGUUUCUUGGAGCAUGGCAGAGAGUUGCGAGGAGAUGAUAGACAAUCCGAGCAAAGAGGAGUACCUUUUCUUUUUUCUUUUUCUUUUCAAGGGUCAGGGAAAAAAAAUAUUGCGUGCCAACCCUUCCAUUUGUCGAGAUGUUCUUUUUCUUCACUCCCAUAGGGGUGGAAAUGAAGAGUGGUUUAGGGUGUCUUUGCCAAGCUUCGAGAUAGUGAAAGAGAAUUCGGUAUAGCUUACAUACAACUUGGUCUCACAGCUCUUGAAGAAGUCCUUCUAAAUGUUGGGAAGAUAGCAGCACUAUAGUAUUCUGAAGCGAACAACAUGGCUACUCUAAUCAAUGACGUUCCUGCUUCCAACGUUGGAGUAGUCAUGUUAUUCUCAACUUCAGUAUUCUUUAGCGUCCCUCUCUUUGCAACAUUCAGGAAGACGUCUUCAGGAGUAGUUAGAUUAAGUUGUAUGUCAGUUAUACAAAAUUCUCUUUCCCUAUUUUGGAGCUCGGCAAAGAAAUUCUAAUGAAUUCAAAAAGGGCAGAGAGAGUAUGGUCACACUCGGUACUUUUAAGGAAAUUUGUGUGUAUAUAUUUGAUAUUUCCAUUAUCAUAUUUUUACUUCCUUUGUCUAAAUGGGAGCAAGGUUCUUAGGAGAAUCUAUCUUGGGAGCGUAGGAAUAGAAUUGUCUGGAACUUGAACUAUAGGGUCCCAAGUACAUUGUUUCUGAUUUCUGCUAUGAUAUAAAUGCUUGAACC